GUUGCCUUCGUGGAGGCCGCGAGUUACUGUCAAAAGGCGUAAACUUCGCAGCCAUUGGAUUUUCUCACAGCGUGUUCUCCGCUGGAAAGUUGUUUUCCUUCUUUUAGUCUCGUGGCAAUCGAAGUGACGAUAAGAGAUAAGAGCCGCCCAUUGUACACGCCUCGUCGUCGUCGUCGUCGUAAUAGCCCAGUUGCAUUAGAACCUGCAUAGCGGGACGGUACAGUGCCACAGCAAGCCCACGUAGUAACUACGUAGCAAAAAGAAAAGAUGGCUGAUGAAGACAAGGUCGCAGGGCGCCUUCCGGCAGUGAAAGCCGGUGGAAUGCGCAUUGUGCAACACAAAACUCCUAGCAACGAACGGCCUGCUAAGGAUCCGGUAGAGGUGAUCGGGCUUUCGAACCCGGCCCCGAACGUAAACACGGGAGAGGUGGCCCAAUCGGCCACGAAUCCGAAGACGGCCGAGCACUCCGUGGAGGCAACGCAAGUCGCUCACGCCCAGAAACCGCCAGCAGCCGUACACCACAAGCCCGUGAACCAUAUUCAGCAGCCCCGGAAGUGAGCCCGCGAGCGGAAAGAAGUCACCGUUUCUACAAAAUUAUUACCUCUCGAGAAAGCGUUUACUCUGGCCCCAUGCUGAACCGGACCGAACAUGCAUUCGCGCUAUAUUUGCAUUCCACUACUGCAACCACAUUACCGAUCACGAGCGAGAUCACCUCGAUCGAUGUUAUGAGCGCGUUUACAACAUUUAUCUUUUCCGUCAACUUGUUUUUCGAUAAACUUUACUUUCCACAAAUUCUUCCCCUUUUACUUUACAACCAACCGGAUGUAGAAGGGCCAAAACGACAUU